AGCCGUGUCGCAGUUCGUAGCCGUUGCUAGCUCGGACCGGUCGAACACAGGGCACGUCUCGUUGCUGGUGGUAGUGAACAUCAUCGUCAUCAUCGUCCGCACUGCUCGGCACUAUCCAGGUCUGGGAAGCAACUCGACACCUACGAGAGACGACGCACAGACACAUCGAAGGUGGCUGUGGGCAACCGAUCAUCACGAAGCGCCGAGUGGGUGCGUAGCAUCGAGUAAGGUGGUGUGUGUGCUACGAGCAGCACGUUGAGGUUGUCGGACCGUGUGCGUUGUGGUGCUCGCACACGCAAAGCAGCUUUCGAUCGUGCUUGUGCCCAAGUUACCUGGUCGGGCGUGCGUCAUUCUAUCUUUACUUGCAACCUCAAAGUGUCCCCAGUGUUUUUUUUAAUGCUACAAGAUAUUGAAGACAACCUUUUUUAAAGUGAAAGAAUCAACUGGAAUAGUGCAAGCGAGUGUGUAGUUAUAUGCAAACGGGCCGUGGCGUGGCCGAAAAAGAGUUCACGAGACCCCCGAAAACACGGAGUCGUGCUGAGGAAGUUUGUUUGAUGAAGAUAAUUAAGUUUGCCUAAGGUGGGAUUUCUGCUGGCUUCUUCCACCCCUAGUUGUGUGUGUGUUUGCAUGUGUGUGAGAAUGAAGAUCAUUAAACCAGAAGAAAGUAAAAAGUAAAAACCAGUGGGCAGUGUGCAGUUUUUUUUUGGGCCGAUCAAGUCCAACCGUGCAUAUGAGUAUGCUGCUGCUGAUGUAGGUUAACACCAAUUCGAAAGAACAUCCAGUCACCAGUCGCUGCUGCGGGCUACGGGCCUGAAACCGUACCAGAGACACGAUCGUUGACGAUCGGACCAAUAUAAGAGGCAAAAAAAAAAACGAAAGAUCGCAUCACUUGCUUGACGGAACAGGCAAGAAACCCUUCGACAGAGUCACCACACUCGGCAUACAUAACUAGAAAAUGAUGGCGGAACUUCGAAGGAUACGCACGCUGCUAGUACCCCUGCUGAUUGCCCUGCUCGCCACACUUACCGUCGCAGAUGACUGUGGGCGUGAUUUCCGGGGCAAAUGUAGCUGUGGCUUUCAGAUGUACAACUACCGCACGCAGUACGUCGUAAACUGUACCAACACCGGCUUCCGGGACACGCUCGUGCUGGAACGGCUUCCGCUGCAAACAGAGGUCGUCAUCUUCAACGGAAACUUUGUCGAAGAGCUACCGUGGAACGUGUUCGGUGCGCUGAACGAUCUCGCCAACCUAACCAUCGUGGACAUGAGCAACAAUCACAUUCGUGAAAUCCGUGGCAAAUCGUACCAUCACGUGCCGAACGUGCGGCGGCUAAUACUGAACCACAACAAUCUCAGCAUCUCGCGGUACGACGACGAAGAGUUUAACCAUCAUCAUCCGCGCGUCUUUUCGAACUUUAUAAACCUGCAGGAACUGCACCUGACGAAUGCGUUCGCCGACAACACGUCGGCCGAGCUGUCGGCCGACCUGCACGACAUCUUCGUGAACAGCAAUCUUACCAAGCUGGUCAAGCUGCAUCUGGAACAGAACGAGAUCGUACAGUUUAAUGAUAAGCGAGUGUUUUGUGAUCUACCGUCGCUGCUGGAUCUGCAUCUUGGGGAUAAUCUGCUGACCGAGCUUAACUUUAAUCUCAGCUGUAUGCCCCGGUUACGCUUUCUCGAUCUCGAGCGCAAUCGGUUCGAAACUGUACGGUCGCGUGAUCUGAGUCUGCUCGAUGCGGUCCAAGCACAGCCAGGUCGUACCACACCGCUCACCGUCGACUUUACGUACAAUCCGUUCGUGUGCGAUUGUGCUCUGUAUCCACUGUUCGAGUGGCUCGACCGGACGAACGUUACCGUGCGCAAUCGAGAUGGUUUGGUGUGCUUAAGAAAUCGACAGGUCCGUGAACCGAUCCGUACGCUGAACGUUGGCCGCUGUCGGAAGCAGGUGGCAUCAUCUGGUGCUGGUGGAAACGGUGCAACCGGACACACCACGACGCUUGUAUUUGUGCUCGUAUGCUUGAGCUGUGUGCUGCUGGCGCUCGUCGGUGGACUGCUGUACGUUAGCAAGGAUAAGCUGCGGGGCGUGCUGACACCGGUGGUCGAUUCCGUGUCGAAGAAGGUACACUACACGACGAUCAAGGACGAGGAAGCACCGGAACAGUACGUGUGAUGCAGCGCACCGAUUGACGUGCGGUGCAAUACGGCACUUAUGGAGCAUGUCUAGGACAUUCGUUGGGUGAAGCUGUAGGGCUGUAGAGUGACCGUCGGCGGCCGUUACGAUUCGUUAUGUUUCUAGUUGAAUGGGGCGUUAUGUUUCAACAGGGAGUCAAAUUACUGCUAAGAACAAAAAUUGUUAGAUUUGGAUAGCUUCACAAAGCAAAACUGUUGAGAUACUAAAUGAAACGAGAGCAAAAACGAACAGAAACGAUCAGGAGAGUCUUUAGGCGAAAGAAUCUAACAAGCUGUAAGAGAUAUCGUUAUAGGGAUUGCAUAGUUUUAGGCGCUGCAGUAUAGAGAUUGCAUACUCUCUCAUCAAUCGUUCAGUGCGAACACAGGUAUAACGAUAGGAUGGUCUAAAGGUUUGUUUUUAUACUUAUGCGUUUCACAAAUCACUCACGCACUUGAGUAAUGUUUCGAGCAAAGCUAAUUUUGUGUCCUUUUAUACCGUCUUUUUACUUGCGUAGAAAUAGCAUUAUUGGUUUGCUCUUGUUAAUACACUUUGGUAAGAUUGUAGCAUGAAAACAGAGCACAAAAAAGAAAAACAAAUGCACCAUGUAGGAAACGAGUUCCGAGAUAAAAAAGGUAGAUUUCAGUCUUGUGUAACAAAACAAAACAGCACACGGGCCAACUGACACGAACUGUGACUAAUGUUUUGACUAAAUUAACCAAAACCAAAAUCCCCAAGAAGAAAAAAAAGAAAAGCCAAUAUUAGAGCAUUAAAGGAUAAGAGAAACAGAUCGGAAGCACGAAUGCCCUGUGAUUAGUUGUAGCUUAAUGGUAAAAUGGUUCGAACUAGGCGAUGAACGGUUGAAGCGCAAAAGGAAAGCGAUACAUCGGUUUUACUUAAAAAUCAUUUUCCGAUAUUAGGAGGAAGUAACUCUUCUUUCUCCAUGUCCAUGUCUAUAGCUCACACAGUUUGGUACGUAGAAAGGAUGUCGGGGCAGAAAAAAGGACAAAGAACUCGUAUCAAUUAAACAAUUAUAUCAAUCUGAUUUGCACUGUAGAUAGCGACGAACGGUUCGAACCUUAUCUGUACUGCAAAGAAUGUGUUAAGCCGCAAAUGCCAUUGGAACAGAGAUACAUGUAUUAAGAAAAUAUUGUCGUACUUAUCUUACGGUGAUUCGAAUGCAAUGGAAUGAUUGAUCACCAGCUAAUAUGGUAUGGUAGACGUAAAGAAAACUUUUAAAUAAAGACAACAUUAACACAAGCCAGUUUGUUGGUUUUGCACACAGUUA